AUGUCUACCGAGGUCAUUUCACCUGUCCGCUCCAGCUCUCGAGCAUCCACUCUUGACCCGCUACUCUCUAGGUCUACAUUGACAAUCCCGCAACACCGGCCUCGUGAAGGCUCGGUAGCCUCCAAUAGCGCUGGCAGUGUUAGGAGUAGCUCCCCCCGCCCAGAAUCCAUUGCCCCACCUAUCCCUGGCUUUGUAGUGGCAAGCUCAAAGCGAAACGCAGACUUUCAUGAAUUGUUCCCAAAUAUUCCCGAGGACUUAUCGUACGAUCUGGACGAACAGACUAUGGCUGCGCUUGGCAUCCUUACCAUACCAUUCCUCGAUAUUACUGGAAUCGAGAAAAGAAUGACGGCAGUACACUUUUGCUUCCUUCUUAACCCGGGAUACGGUUUACGACCUCAUGCAGAGUUUGUGGCGCCCAUCUCAACCAGCUCCGGGCAAGCUCAAGGAAAUGGUAAUGCUUCCGGGGAUGGCGAGACAGCAGCUCUUGCCGAAGGCGAUGGAGAUGGAGCCGUCGAUUCAUCGACUGGACACAAAGCUACGGAAUGCGCCUGUGGCAAGAACGGUGAACACUAUUCCACGGUAGUUGCUGACUAUAACCUCCCUGGAACUCCGGAAAAGAUCUACGAACUUAUGUACAAGGGGUCAUUCUUACUUGAAUUUAUGAAGAACGACCAGAAGCUUAUAGAUGUUCAGAUUUCUGAAUGGACUCCAAAGGAACCAGACUCGCCUCUUGUAGCACGGGAGAUGUCAUUUAUUAAGCCGCUGGCUGGAGGGCUGGGUCCAAAGCAAACCAAGUGCGAAGUCAAGGACGAAACCAUGAACCUCGAUUUCGAUGAUUAUGUGUCGGUGUUGACCACUACCCGUACGCCAGAUGUACCGAGUGGAAGUGUAUUUUCUGUCAAGACUCGAAUGUGUCUUACUUGGGCCGGGGCAGCGUCAACUAGGUGUGUGGUGACGUCAGUCGUUGACUGGACCGGGAGAAGUUUCAUUCGGGCGGUGAUCGAUAAAAGUGCGAUCGAUGGCCAGAAGCAACACCACCAGGAUCUCGAAAAGGCUAUGCGCAAAUACAUUGCGGAUCACCGUUCCGAAUUUGUACCCAAAGGGGUUGUUGCCCAAGAAGCAGAAACCACCAAUGGCGCUGCUGGUUCAGACGAUAGCGAAUCAAAGAACAAUACACCAUCCUCGGACAAAGAGCGAGCCAAGCCGAGGCCAUACUCCAGCUGCUUCGCCAGACCGCUCAAGACGCAUUCAGUCAACAACAUCUGGUCGUUACUCCGCCCGAUCCCAGAGCCUAGGAUGCCUGGCGACGCCCAAGCUCUAAAGGCCAGAAUGAAAGCAGAGAAGAAAGGUAAAAUUGAUGUGGGGUUGAGAUUAGGGAGCUCCGGCGGUCGAUGGAGAUGA